AUGGAUGGCAGCGACAAGCGCGUCCCGCCUGUUAUCAGGAAAAGUGCAGGACCAGGAUCGUUCAAAAAUGCUGCAAGAAUCCCCGUAAAGUACGUGGCGAACACUAAAGCGUGGAUGACGCGCAGCAUUUUCGUAGAAUGGCUGAACGAGCUCAACAACGACAUGAAGAACCAGAGAAGAAAUGGUCUGGAACUAAGCAAUGUGCAAGUGCAUUUCUUUCCCGCACACUGCACAUCGUUGAUUCAGCCUUUGGACCAAGGCGUAAUAAACAGUGUAAAGUUUGCGUACCGGCGUUGCCUGAUCGACAGGUUCUUCCUAAACCUGAGGUUAAACUUGCCCACAAAAGUGGAAGUCUCCCAUGCGGUGGAGAUGCUGUCAGCUGCGUGGCAGUCAACAGGAGCGGUGAUCAUCGCGAACUGCUUUCGAAAGACCGGGCUUGGCCUCUGCGAGCAGGAAACAGCGGCAGAAACUGAAACUGUGCAACCUGGGCUCGUUCAGGCAUGGGAAUCUCUGAUGGAUUGGGAGGGAGCAGUGCCGGCGGGCGUCGAACUAUCCGACUACAUCAACGGUGACAGUUGUGUCGUAGCUACCGAGGAGCUCGACGACGACGACGACUCAGUGUGUGACACGGGGGACGCUGGGGACACUGUCAAAAGCGAUGGACCGAACGAAGAGCCGCCGCCUACAGCUGCUGAUGUCCUCAAAUCCAUCGACACACUGCGCCGUUACGCGACAGCGCAAGAGAACCAGGAAAGAGCAGUGGAGGCGAUCUGGACUUACGAACGUUGCGUGCUUCCAACGUUAACAAGGACGGUCCAGGCAAAGCUCACGGAUUACUUUGUACGGCCAUGA